AUGUUAUCAGACUCAUAUGGAACAUUGCUAGCACUUCGUCCAAGUCCAACUGAAACCAUAUUUCCUGAUCAUUUGGUUGACAAGCGUUUUUUAGAUGCUGAUGGUUUUAUUGAUCUCGAAAAAAUGUUUCUGGAAAUGGGUGGCACAUCUCGACAUGAAUCUGAUGAUAAAUCGAAUUCUCAUGAACAACAACCAAAUCUGUCCACUUCAUCUCAAUAUUAUGAAAUGCGCGAUGGGUCGGGAGAUGGACGACGACAACAACCAAAAGUGUAUGAUCAAUCAGAUCCACAAAUAAUUCAAAAAGUAUUUAAUCGUCGUCCAAAAGAAAUUCUUACACCCGACCAAAUAGCUAAUUUAACUUCGGUAACAAUUGGAAAUCGUCCAGCAACAAUAGAUCAAACUCAACAAAAACCUCCAUGGGUCGAUGAUUAUCGUCAUCGCGAUUUACGCGAUCUUCCUGUGACGCCAAUUUCAUCACUUCCCUAUCAUCAUAAAAAUCCAUAUAUUUCCGGAGAAGAACAAUUUCAAACGCCAGCACAACCUCCAUUAUUCUGGAUCAAAAAUCACCAGUACAAUAGACAGUUGCCUCCUCGUCAUUGUUAUCAAACACCACCAGAUACCCUUCAACAACAAUCACCAGUUUCGAUUGUACAACGAUUACAUGAUGCAGCGGCAUUUCGACAACAACAACUAAAUGAUCAGGCUCAUCUACGUAGUCCAUCCGUCUAUUCUACUCCAUUUUCGCCUGUUCUUCAACAGCAAUUCUCACCACUCAUUAAUGAUAAAGAAUCUGCGAACACAUUUAAUUGGCCAUUUAUCGAACAAUCAACACUCGUGAAGCCUUCUGUUGAUUCAAAUGUUUACCAUCCUCAUCGUUUUGGUAGUAUAGGUUCGACAAAUCCAAUGCAAACAGCUUAUAGAACACAUUCAACUGUUAAGCAAAAUCAGAAAAUUUUAAGUGAUUUGAUUAAUAAUCAUCAACAAGUACAACAAUCAUUUCCGACACCUCCAAGUCUGACCGCGGGCAAUGGAAACGAUGAUGAAGAUGACCAAAGUUUCUAUUCAGCAAUGCCAUCACCUACAACCGAAUGUGAUCAAGCAUUGUCAAACGUAUUAGAUUCUGGUCAUGAUUUAUACAAUGAUUGUCAACCAAAUUCCGAUCAUAUUCGUAUAUAUCAUCAAGCUGUUUUAGUUAAUUCGUUAUUAAGAAAUGCAUUGACCGAUCAAAAAUCAAAUGAUACCUCCUCUUCAAUUGGAACACAAAUACAAGAGGAAUCACCAUCACCACAAAAACAGCAACAAAAAAACCGUGUACAAGAUGUUCUUCGUACAUCAUCCGAUGAAUCAUGUUUUUCGACAAAUACAACUGACAGUCAAAAUAUGUUACAAUAUUUAAAACCACUACAUUUAUCGCAACGUCAUGAAAUGCUUGAACAAGUAACAUCAAUGUCACCUGCAGAUCAGUCUUCGUUUAAACGUAUUUUACAAGAUAUGAUACUUGAACAAUUAGAGGUAAUGAAAAGUCAACAACAUCUUCAGCAAGGUGAUCCAUCACAACAGCAACGAGAUCAUUCAGUAUCAUCACAAAUGUCAGCAGCAAACCAGUGUCAUUCAAUACCAUCAUUACAUCCGGAGAGUGUAUUUAGUGACCAUUACGAUCGACAUGGUUCUCCAUUAGAUCGUUGGUUUGAUCGUGAUAUUUAUUCACGUAAUUUACCACAAAUGCCUAUGCCUGCAUCUGGUCAGCGUGUUUUUAGUGCAACAGAUUUAGAACAAAGUCGACGUUCAUCUCGUCUUAAUCCAAAUAAUAAUCAAAUACCAACAUCAUUUUACCAUCGAAUCUAG